AUGGAUCCCAACAAUAGCCAUUUAACCUCCCAGAAUUCUUCCAACCAAAAUCCAGACUAUCAACAUCCAAAUCAGUAUUCCAACCACCAAAAUCCCAACAAUUAUCCACAUCCAAAUCAAAAUCCCAACUACUACCCAAAUCCCAACACUUAUCAACAUCCAAGUCAAUUUUCCCACUACCAAAAUCCGAACAUUUAUCAAGAUCCAAAUCAAUCCAACCACCAAAAUCCCAACCAUUUUCAAGAUCCAAAUCAAUUUUUCAACCAACGUCCUCAUCCCCAUCAUGGAUCUAUGUUCAGACAUCCAUCUCCAACACCGCCGUUUAAUGAUGGUGCUAAUGAUGGUGCAUCUGAAUUUCCCGAAUUUUCAACACAAAUGACUCUUGGUGGCAUGACAGCUGGUGAUGAAGCCACUCCAAAUGAAGAGGAUUCAACUCCUACGAGCAGGAGAAGCCACUUACCAGCAUGGAACACUGAUCAAAAUCUGGUGUUAAUUAGUGGGUGGCUUAAAUUUGGAACAAACAGUGUUGUCGGGAGAAACCAAAAAGGAGAAACAUUUUGGGGUCAAAUUGCUGAGUAUUGUAAUGAGCAUUGCUCAUUCAAUCCUCCGCGGGAUGGAAAUGCAUGCCGAAACCGUUAUAAUUAUAUGAGCAAGCAAAUAAAUAAAUGGAUUGACGCUUAUGAUGGUGCUAAGCGUAUGCAACGAAGCGGUUGGUCGGAGGAUGAUAUUUUGACCCAAGCCCAACAACUGAAGUGUUGGGUCAAGAAGGAUGCAUCUAAAAAAAAGGGUAAAAAGAAGAGCCCAACAGCUACCUUGGAAGUGAUGCAGAACGAUUGGGCUGGAUACAAACAAGCCAAGCAGGAUGAGGUUGAACAAUUGAAGCAUCUAGCAGCGAUCACGGAAGAGGCUAAUAGAUUGAGGAAAGAGGAGACUGUAGCUAAGAAAAUGAAAUUAUACCUAAAGUUAAGUGAUGAAGAGCAUCUCAGUGACCACAAGACAGUUGCAUCUCAUGAUCUAUGGAUCUGGCAUGCCUUUUUUGGGUGUCCGGGGACCCUGAACGACAUAAACGUUCUAGACCGGUCACCAGUGUUUGAUGAAUUGGAACAGGGAAACGCGCCACGUGACAUCGAGCGUGCAUUUGGAGUGCUUCAAGCUCGUUUUCAAAUCAUCCGUGAACCAGCUCGCUUGUGGGACAUAAAUGAUUUGGGUAUCAUCAUGAGGUCAUGCAUCAUAUUACACAAUAUGAUUGUUGAGGAUGAACGAGAUUCAUAUGCUCAACGCUGGACCGAUUUUGAGCAAGCUGAGGGAAGUGGAUCUAGCACACCGCAACCAUACUCGACCGAGUUGCGUGAUCCAAAUGUCCAUCACCAACUGCAAGCAGAUCUAGUGAAGCACAUCUGGACAAAGUUUGGAAUGUAUCCUCAUGAUUAAAUAUGCUUUGUAUCGUACUAAUUAUGUUAUU